AUGAAAAAUUCGUUAGUGCUUCUUGGUAUAUGUUUGUGCUACACUCUUCACACAUCGUUUGGGGUCAACUACUAUUUCAAUAAUACGCCAUCAAAAAAUACCCUUCGCUUGACUAAAUUCGUUUGCGUCGAUGCACCCUAUCAGCGGACGGUACUCCAUUGCUGCAAAACGAUUCCUCGGCGUAAUCAAUCGGCAACAUUAAACGUGUCCCUUACCGUACCGGAAGUAAUUAAUAUUGUGUACUUCGUUGCCCAGUUGGACUAUAAGUAUACGACGUGGCAACCAUUGUUGCUUAAUUUUAGAACAGAGGGUUGUGCGUUUAUUACCAAAAAGUACAGGGAUCCUUUGUCACAAUAUAUAUACUGGACUAUGAUGCAAAACGAGACGUACAAUUUACAAUUCACCAUGGACAGCAACAUUCUUCCCAGGUCGAUCCCGACUGGUGAAUAUAGGCUAAAAGUAAAAUUUCUGUUCUUCGACAACGUGACAUUAUUUUCAGUGCAUGUUUUCUUCAAUGUGAGGAGCAAGGGAUUGUUUCGAUCCAUGAUUGAGUGGUGA